CUCCGAACGCUUUCAGUGUUGCGCGCUGUCCUCUACCACUUGGGGGCAGCCGCGGACAAUGACGGUGCUCAAACGACUCGGACGAAGAAGACUUCCAAUAACAAACAAGAUGGCGGUUCCCGUAAACGACGACCAAGCGAGCAAACUGGAGUUCUCUCUAGACGUCCCCUUCCCAUCGGCACGUCAGGCCGCCGUGGCUCUUGGCUCGCUGAGUCCCGACCGCGAGCCCCGGCGAGGUGGCGUUCACAAACGGCUGACGCUCACUGGAAGUGUACUAAACGUGAAGUGGCGCGCCGACGAAGCUCGGGUCCUGCGCGUGUCCGUCAGUUCCUUCCUGGACCACCUGAGCCUCGUCUUGGAGACCAUGCAGGCCUUUUCUGCCGGCGCCUGAACUUUCACUGGUUGGAAAAGUUUCGGUCACUAUGAAUUUGAUCAGGAUAUGAAAAAUACUCCAUUUGUUUUGUUCUGCUAAUUGUCCUUUUCUGCAUUGGGGUGAGGCCUGUUUUAUUUCUUGUCUGGAUGUUUUCAUAGUUGUCCUAUGCUGCAGCGUUAUCAUGUGCGAGUACAUCAAUUUUCAUUGGAUCAAAUAAAAUAUCUAUUUUUAAA